AUGGUCACUCUCCAAGAAAAAAAUAAGGUAUUGAUUCAGAAAUAUUUUGAAGAAUACUGGGGCAAGGGCAAUGAGGAGGUCGUCGAUGAGCUUUGCGCCGAUAAUUUCGUCAUCGAUUACCCUAUGCAUGGUCUUCAUCGGGGUAAAGAAGCGGCAAAGAAGAUGAUGGUUGACUUCAAAGAGGCAUUUCCGAAUAUCUCCUUUCACGCUUACAAGUUCCCUCUGAUUGCCGAAGGGGACUAUGUGGUUGGCCGCUGGAUUGGUGGUGGUAGACAUACCGGCGUGGCAUUUGACGAUCUGGCCGUGGGCAAGCUUGACAGGCCCAAUACCGAGAAAGAAAUCUAUUUCUCUGGUAUAACUAUUUUUACAUUGAAUAAUGGCAAAAUAGUGCACGAAAUUGGCGAGGAGCAAGCUCUGACAGCUCUGCAGCAGCUGGGAUUGGUGUCUCCUCCUAAUCCGGGCAAGGAAAUUAAGUAUGACGCGGAGGAUGAUCACAUUUGA